AUGCCAACAUAUUCCAAAAAACGUCGCCAAAUGAUACAACUAACAGCCAAUCGUGAAAAAUCAAAAAAAAUCAAAAAAGUAACAGAUUUCCUUGAAUGCCUCAAUAAUGAAGAUUUUAAUAGUGUACUAGAUCUUAUACAUAGCGUUAAAAAACAAAAAUCACCUACAAAUUCUGAAAAUAACCUUAUUGAACUUAUUCAAAGCUUAAGCGACGAAGAAAAAAAAGAAGCAACCAAGCUGCUAGAAAAUAUGAGAUACCCUAAAGGAAAGAAUAAAGGAAAAAUUAUUUCACCGUAUUUACAACAGCAAUUGGUUGAAGUAAUUUCAGCUUCUCUUUAUCGUCCACAAUCAAGCUAUGCUGCAUUGCAAAAAGAAUGUAAUCAGCUUCGAUCUCAAAAUAAAAAAUUA